AUGUUUCCAAAAGCCAUAUCUCAACCCUUUCUUCUGGAGGUGGAGCGCAAGUUUUGCGGGCUCGCAGUCAUGGAUCUUACCCUUCACGUCGGGAACCCGCCAUUCCGGAGCAUCCAGCCACAAAGCCAGCGCAUUUUUAGCGGCACUUACUUUGACCGAGCUAGACUACUCACAGCAGCAGGUGUGUGGGUCAGGCUACGCAACGGGCAAUGGGAGGCCAAAGUGAGAAAGGUUGGCAACUUCCAAAACUCGAGGUUCGAGGAGUUGUCUGACCCUCGCGAAAUUGAGGUGCAGGUACGCAUCAUUACGGGGCGAGUAUGCAGCGAGCGCGAGUUUUUCGGUCUUGAUCGCAUUGCGACCAUGUGCACGACAAGAAGAACGUGGCUGGCGGACGAGAGGUUCUCGAUCGUACUAGACGCGAUGGACUUUGGGCACGAGGUCGGCGAGGUCGAGCUGCAGUCCGAGAUGCGUCUGGCUCAUACGGGCCAAGAACUGGAGGACCACAAGCAGAGGGUAAUGCAGCAGAUGGACGAAGAGAUUGUCGCUUUCAUGGAACGUUAUCGGUGGGCGUUUGCUGCUGGUGUGCCAAUAGGAAAGCUGACAGCAUACUUUGAACGCAAGGCCGCAGGCAGGCUGUAG